AAAAGCAAGUAUCCCUACAAAAUGAGUACAAUCUUGAUUGUUUUUUAUAUAUAUAUUUUUUCGAUUCUUCAUUUGUCACAUGAGGUUUUAGCAAGAAUCGUUGUUGUUGUUUUGGAGCAAUUUGAAAUGGAAAACAACUGUGGGAUAAUGGGGUUAAGAGAGGAUGAAAUUGAGCUAGACCUGGGAUUAUCGAUCGGAGGAAGCUUUGGAAAAGCCGAUAAACUAAAGCCCAUAAAAAACGAUUCAAAACCCAGCAAUAACACCGACGCAGAUCUCGGAGAAAGCGUUGGUUUUGACCCCCAAACGAAACUUGAGGUUCAAGCUUUGAGGCGACAAGAAGCGAGGAAGAAGAGAGAACACAAGCAGCAAAAGAGAGGAAUAUGUCACCGAAGCGGCGAGUUUCAAAGCAAAGACAAUGGUGCCGGUCCAAUGGAAGAAAGGGAAUGCAAGAAAUCCAGAGUUGAAGAGUUUUCUGGUAACGUAAAUCCUAAUUCCAGCGGCGAGCUGAAUAACCCGUUCGUAUGUCCGGUAAUCCCGGUACGGGUCCCGGGCCCGUAUCCUCAGAUCCAGUUCGUGCCGCUCGCCAAUUGGUUUGGGUAUUCUCGCGUAAAUGCAGUGCCUUGUUGGGGCGGUGUAGCUGGGAAUGAGAACGGCGUUGUGCAACCGCUGGCGGUGGCUGUGAAUGGCGGGUUUCCGUCGUUUCAGACGCCCCGGGAUUCGGGUCUGAAUGGUGUAAAUGGAUAUUAUUCAGAACAGAAUAGUAGCAGAGAUGAACGGAAGAGGAAAACAGGCUCCAACAGGUCAACCAUAUGUAGUUCCUCAGCUGGUUCGGAUCUUCAUAGCUCUUCUAAUCAAGGUGGUUGCAGCAGUGAAGCCGAAGCCCCCGCUCCACAAAUAAAUUGUUCAGUGGCAAGCAAUCCAAAGGGCCAAUCUGAACAAAGUGCUACUUCUCACCAAACGGACUCCGCACAAAGCAUUGAUAAAUCCAAAAAAGGCAUCGAAAAAACACCUUCAUCGAAUCCGAAGAAAGAACUCAAACCCCAAACCGAUUCCGAUGUUGAUAGCAAACCUGUUUCCUCAAACGAAGCUGCAACAACCACAACCACUUUCCCAAAAGAUACCAAGGGAAAGCCUCCUAGGCCUCGAAUUCCACCUCCUACCAACGACCACGUCCUUUCCCUUUGGAACUUGCCUUGCGUCUCCACGACGGGCAAUGGCCCCAAUGGUAGAACCAUCAAUGGUUUUCUAUACAAAUAUACGAAUUCCGAAGUCAGCAUCAUCUGUGUCUGCCAUGGUACUUCAUUCACCCCGGCAGAGUUCGUCCAGCAUGCUGGUGGUACCGAUGUUUCGCAUCCUCUGAGACGCAUUACUAUGGUUCCCACCGCUUUUUAGUUGAAAGACAACAAAUGUAUAGCCAUGUGCCUGAUUGUUCUGCCUGUUUUCUAGACCAUAUUUUUUUUCUAGGGCA